AUGAAGAUGGUGUCGAUCCACGUGGCUUUCGUGAACAGCAAGGACCAAGCCCUUGCUCUGUUCGACCCUCGCCAGCAAUCCGUCGUCUGCUUGUUGCGGUUGUUCGUGGCGUUUGAUCUCGGUGGACUUGCAGAAAACACUCCAGUGCCUCGUCGCCCUGCAAUAGAGACUUGCAUGGCGAGAUGUACACCUCGAGCAAGCAAGCAAGCGACCGCUACUGCGGCUUCCCCUACUCAAUCAGACGAUUUCAACGUGCGGUCUCUGCACGACAAGCGGCCGAUAGCCCGUUCUCGAACAUCGAGACCAAUCAAGCCGUGGCGGCGCACACGGACGAGACAAGACGAGAAAAACGUGCCAGCCGGUCGGCUGGACAAUGCCUCGCGCGCUUGUAGUCACAGCGGACCUCGAGACACCAGCGCCUGUCACUGCUCCAGCCGGCAGCAACGAGCGCGAGCUGAAGUCGCUACUUUGGCUGCGUCCACGCACCUCUCGUGA